AUGGAUCGAUUCUCACCGACUUCGCUUUAUUCGAUUACAGAGGAGAUCAAUCCCCAAGAUUAUCAGAUCUUACGCCAUGGAGGGACGUCGUCGAAUAUCGAGCGUCUUCCUUCACGUCUACAGCGGGCCAAGACACCCACCCGAAGUACCAGGAAACAGAUCGAGGACCUGGCAUACGAAGUCAGUUAUUUGAAAGCUGAGUUGGCGUGGCAUGAGCAGAUGUAUCAUAUCUUUCACAGGAUGGAAGAUGCGCUCGUGCAGGUGAAUACUCGUCUCCAGGAGGCAGAGCAGCGCUACCUUAGCAUCUGGGGACUGAGUCCUGAGGCAGGGGGAACGGAAAAUAUGAUUUAA